AACAGAAGGAAUUUAAAACAAAAGCAAUAGGAAAAUCAAUUAUCUGCCCCCUAUCCUCCUCCGGAUUCUAGGGUUUCUUAUGCUUUUCUUCCUACCCACCCAAAUAACCUUUCCUUCUCUUUCUUCACUCUUUCCCACCUUUCAGAUCUGCCACACCCAGAAAAGCUUUUGUGGAUUGCCCUCCUGUAGGUGUAAGAAUGGUGAGAGGGAAAACUCAGCUGAAAAGGAUAGAGAAGACAACAAAUAGGCAAGUGACCUUCUCAAAGCGCAGAAAUGGGCUUCUUAAGAAGGCUUUUGAGCUAUCAGUUCUUUGUGAUGCCGAAGUUGCACUCAUCAUCUUCUCUUCGAAUGGGAAGCUCUAUGAGUUCUCAAGUUCCAGAUGUUCCAGUAUCAAGAAGACAAUAGAACGCUAUCAGAAGAAUGCCAAGAACCUAGGAGUUGCCAAAAUUGCAGUUGAAGAAACUAUGCAGCAUUUCAAGGAAGAGGCUGCUACCAUGACCAAGAAGAUUGAGCUUCUUGAAGACUAUAAAAGAAACUUGUUAGGAGAUGGCUUGGAGUCUCGCUCUAUUGAUGACCUACAAAACAUAGAAGACCAGCUGGAACAAAGUUUAAGUAGCAUUAGGGCAAGAAAGAAUCAGUUAUUCAAGGAGAAGAUUGAGCAGCUGAAGGUAAAGGAAAGAAAGCUAGCAAAAGAAAUUGCAGAAUUGAGGAAGGUGUGGGCUAUUAUUUUCUUGUUUGAUCUACUUACCUGUUAUAGACAACAAUCAAAAUUUAGUCUCGCAUAGUUUUGGCGAGUUUGGAAACAAAAAUUUUCGGUAAUAUUUUGAAAAAAUUUCAGAAACAAAGAAAAAUAUUAAAAAUUUAUUUCCAGAACAUUGAUCGAAACAUGCUGAAACACAUCGAAACACUGAAAUUUUGAUAUUAAAUUAAUGAUUCGUUUUUGCUUUUAUAGAGAUAAAAAUGUUUCGAAACGAAAUUUAAUUCUUUAAUUAUAGACAUACACAUGGUUCUGGGCUUCAAACAUAUAAACAUUUGUUUUAAUGAUACGGUAGAUAUAGAUCAUUCAUCGUGUAUAGAAACUCAUUUAUAUUAUGGCGGGUUCUACUUGAAUUCACGACGGGUAAUAGGGAAAUUAAGAGGAUAUGUAUUGAAGAGAAUCAAAAUUCAAAAGUCCAUUGCUUAUUGUUUUUCUUUUUUGUUUGAAUGUGAGUACAUAUAAUUUUUGAACACAAGUGCUUAUUUUCAGCUUGAGGUACAGCCGCCGCAACAAUCAAUUACACAGCAAGAAGCACCCAAGGAGGGGCAAACUUUUGCUGUAGAGACAGAAUUGUUUAUAGGUCUACCAGAAAGACGGACAGACCAUUACUUUUUACAAAAUUGAUACUCAUCUGGUAAAGCUACACCAUUUUCAUGCUUUUAGGGACUCAGAUUUUCGAGUUGCCCUUGAUGCACCAAGUCGUAGAGGUGAUAAAUAAGCGGGUUGGACAAGUUCUUCUCCAGUAUGGGAUUAUCAUGCACUAGUACUUGUAUAGUUGGGUAUAAACACUUGCCUGGAAAGUAAAGGUAUUGUAUUACAGGAAAAUUGAAUGCUGUUUGUAUCAAUAGCCAUUUGCUUCUCUGUCUUGUUCUUCGCAGUAUGUUCUUUUAGCAUUUGAGCC